AUGGUUUGUAAUAUUUCCUUCUUCCUCCUCAGAAAUCUAUUGACCUGGUUGUUGUUUUCCCAUUCUUCGGCACAAAUACUUUUCUGUCCAUCACCUGAUCGUAGCCUCUGGCUCCGUAAUCAUCUCUCUCUCUCUCUCUCUCUCUCUCUCUCUCUCUCUCUCUCUCUCUCUGGACUCUUUCUUCACAUUUGUCUAUCUUUCUUUUCCCUUUCAUCUUUCUUUUCCCUUUCAUCUUUCUUUUCCCUUUCAUCUUUCCCUUUCAUCUUUCUUCGGCUACGGCCUGGUCACAGCACCAAAUAUGACGGAUUCAGGGAUACGGCCCGGUCACAGCACCAAUUAGGACGUAUUCCUGGAGCUACAGCCUGCCCGCGGCGACCGGGUUCGGUCUGCUCGCUUGAUCAGGAUCGAUCCCGGUAUCAGAGAACAAGCCGUCAGUGCACUCGUCGGUCGUUGAUGGCUCUAAUUAAUCUAUCUAUCUAUCUAUCUAUCUAUCUAUCUAUCUAUCUAUCUAUCUAUCUAUCUAUCUAUCUCCCCAAGACAAAGCAAAAAAAACAAAAAAAAAACACAUAUCUUCCAGGAUUGCUUGCGAUGAUAAUCCAGCGACGACAGUUUGCAGACAAGACAUGGAGUCAAAUCGUCCUUCCAGUUCAUUUACAAGUCGAUCAUGACAUUUAUAAAGAUUUCUCUUUACUUCUUGCACAUCAUCUUCCUUUUCCCCCAGGUCUCACUGUUACAAGAUCAACAAACAAUGGCUCUGAGCAAGUUCGUGGCCAAAAUGCGAUGUCUUCGUACACAGGAAUCUCUGUGUUUGUCUGUUCUAUUUCCUUAUUUCCAGUAACAUCAUCAGUUCCUUCUUCAUAUUCAUACCUGUCCUUACCACAUGCACCAGGACUCUCUUCUUUUGGCACAUCAUCAUUGUCACCUUCAAUUUCUUUAACAACUUUUAUUUCUAUAUUUGUCUCCACCAUAUUCGCAUUUUCUCCAUGUUCCUCCCCCUCCUAG